CACAGCAGCAGCAACAGCUACUUGUUCAUCCCAUAUCGUCCAAGCUAGUUAGUUACCCAGUUAGCUAGCUUAGUCGAUCUGUAACACGGCACACUUAGCUAGCCAGCCACCAUUGAUUCAGCAACCGAUGGCUGCUGCGCAUGCCUUCUUCUCCUUCUCCUCGGUCGAUUCACUGCUCCAUUCGGCUUCAUGGGUAGCUGGAAAUGGUGGCCGGAGCGGCCGCAACUGUAGCUUCUUCCGCCCUUCGCCUGUGAUAUGUCCCGGGCCGGAGCCUGCGUCCCAUGAGCUGUUGGAUGAUUUUCACUUCCAGGAAAGCCUAAGGAAUGUUCAAGCGUUGCUGCAACAACCUCCGAAGAGUAGAGGAGGCAUGUUGACAACUGUUGAUCACCUAAAGCGCCUCUGCAUCGACCACUAUUUCCAAGACGAAAUUGAUACCAUCAUGGGCUCAUGUGUGGAUCUCAUCCAUAGUGAUGAUCUGCUUGAUGCAACCCUUUCUUCGAGGAUGAUGAGGGAAGCUGGAUAUUAUUUUUCGGCAGACGAUGUUCUACGGAAGUUCAUGAACAAUAAUGGUGAUUUCAACCUCGGGCUUAGCAAUGACAUUAGAGGGCUACUGAGCUUGCAAGACAUGUCACACCUCAACAUGGGAGAAUCAUCACUCUACAAGGCAAAUGAAUUCUCAAGCAAGCACCUUAGAUUUGCAAUUAAGUAUUUGGAGCCAAACCUUGCAAGAUAUGUGAGCCAGUCACUAGACCAUCCCUAUCAUGUGAGCCUGAUGCAGUACAAGGCAAGGCACCAUCUGAGCUACCUCCAAAACUUGCCCACUAGGAACAUGGCAAUUGAGAAUCUAGCACUUGCAGAGUUUCAGAUUAAGAAGUUACAACAUCAGAGGGAAGGGCAGGAGGUUAAGAGAUGGUGGAUUGAUCUGGGAUUGGCUCAAGAAAUACCGGCUGCAAGGGAUCAAGUUCUUAAAUGGUACAUGUGGGCCAUGACUGCCCUUGAGGGUUUCUCUUUCUCUAGAUAUCGGGUUGAGACCACAAAGAUCAUCUCCAUGGUCUACAUUGUGGAUGACAUCUUUGAUCUUGUCGCCACACAAGAAGAGCUCUCCCUCUUUAAUGAAGCAAUCAAAACAUGGGAUCUUGCAGCCAUUGAUUCACUCCCAAGCUACAUGAUAUCAUGUUACAAGGCUCUUUACACAGUCACAAAUGACAUCUCCGAUAUGGUCAAGAAAGAGCAUGGAUUGAACCCUAUCAAUCAUCUCAAGAAAGCUUGGGCAACUUUGUUUGAUGGAUUCAUGAUCGAGGGGAAAUGGUUAUCUACUAAUCAGGCCCCUACAUCCAAGGACUAUCUAAGAAACGGCAUCAUCACUUCAGGAGUACCUCUUGUAUUCUUGCAUAUUUUCUUCAUGCUAGGCCAUGAUUUAACAGAGGACAACAGAGACUACAUCUUUCGAAUAAUAUCUUGCCCUGCAAAGAUCAUGAGGCUCUGCGACGACAUGGGUAGUGCAAAGGAUGAAUCGCAAGAAGGACUCGAUGGAUCGUACAAGGAGUUGUAUCAGAGAGAAAAUUCGCAAGGUGACGUGGAGGAACACAUGCUGGAGAUAAUCGCGGGUGAGUGGGAGGAUCUGAAUAGGGAAUGCUUCUCUGGAACAAAUUCAGCACUAUCUCAUGCCUUUGUCGGCACGUCACUCAACUUUGCGAGGAUGGUCCGCGUCAUGUAUGGCUAUGAUGAUGAGCAUAGGCUCCCCAUCCUUGAGGAUUACACCAGGAUGUUGCUCUUCUGAAUCAUGCAUGCUACCACGUACGAACCCAAUGUUUCUGUAAUAGAAAUUGGAUAGGAAGCCUAUCAUAAAAAAAUGCAUGCUAGCCCAUUGUAUGCAAGUCUAUAAAUGUAGUGCAACAUUUUUUUCUAGGGUUGCCACGUAGGAUGUUGACCAGUAUCCUGCACCAUUAGCGUAUGUGUUCCAAGUGAUAAGACAAUAAAUAUACGUUGCAAAAAAACCUAACCAGCCUGCAAGCUCAUGCAUGUGUUGCAAUGUACGACGAGAUGCAUAUGAAAGUGUUGGAACCGAACAUAUUGAAAUACUUAUUUGUCUAUGAAA